AUGCUUACAUUUGCUUGUAGCAAACGCAAAGGACUGGAAAAAGCGUUACACCAAAUAGAGAAGGCGAUCAAACGCCCCAAGACUGAUGCAGCAGGAUCUGAUGCUGCUGAAAAACUUAUUUCAGACCUGCAAGAUCUCCUUAGCAGGGCACAAGGGCAUUCUGCACGGAGUGAGGUCGAGGAGAUAUCAGAUGACCUUGACCGGUCACAUAGGAGAUCUCCUCCGCAAGGUGCCACUGCUGGGGACAAUCUAGCCUUGGAUGAUGCGGAGAAUCCAUUGCAACUUCUCGCGAGAGCCUCUGACCUCCAAUUUUCGCCCGCCGAAUGCCGUGACGCACCCAGAUUGUCCACUCCAUCCGUAUCACAAUCGUCUCUCAGACCACAUAGUAGCCCCAACGAGGACCUGCCAAUUGCCAGAUCUUUUUUCGUCCCAGUCAGGGCGAACCUAGACCUCGGCCCGGACAUGGACCCUAUCGAACUGGGCCUGAUUACUUUGCAUGAGGCAGAAUUACUUUUUUCUUUCUUCUACGAGAAUUUGGCCCACACGAGGUGGGGCCUGGAUCCAACUGUGCAUACUGUGUCAUUCGUACGCUCACAGUCGGCCUUUCUUUUCACUUCAAUGCUGGCUGCAGCUGCCCGGUUUCACCCUUCUGCAGCCGCCUUAUCCAAAAGACUAACGAGGCACUGUACAUCACUGGCUUAUAAGGUCAUUGCCCAGCGUUAUCGAUCAGUGGAAAUUGUUUUGGCCUUCAUGGUAAACGUUCCAUGGAUGGCCCCAGGGAGCAGUUCUGGCGAUGAUGACACAUGCUCCUAUAUUGCAAUGGCUUUGACUGUUGCGUUGGACCUUUCUCUCAACAAGAUAGUGACACCCGCAACUAGUUUUGAUAGUACUCUCCAGAACAGGCUUGCGAAGACUGAUUGCAUUGAUGCAAAGAGAGCCCUGCACAUGGAUGGAUUCGAAGCUAUUGAUCCGGCCUCGGAAUGGGGCCGAAGGUUGUUACGUAGACGCGAGAGGACUUGGAUCGCGUUAUUCGUCCUCGAGCGUGGUGUCUGUUUGGCCCGCGGACGAAGCUAUACAGUUCCCCCGACUGCUCUCAUUGAAAAUUGUGACAAAUGGCAUAUCUCUGAUAUUGCCGAUUCUCGAGAUGGGCCGAUGAACUCUAUGGCAGUUCUCCGGAGGAAUCUCGAUGAACUUCUGAAAACAGUAAAAUCGCGUUGCGACAGUUGCCGACUUGGGGACAUCGGAUCGGAAGCUGCUCAGUUGAUCAAGAAACUUAUUGAAGACUUCUAUGAUCGAUGGUACGCGGCUUGGGCUCUUGAGAUUGGUGGACCCUCCCGCUGCCUUCCGCCGUAUGUCGAGAUAUUGGUAACACACACGCAACUGUCUACAUAUGGCGGUGUGAUCAAUCAUCCCACAGCACCACUCGAAGUCAAGCGAUUUUUUCGCGCCGCUGGCCUUUCUUCCGCAUUGAAUGUCAUGCGGGCAGCCAUUCAAGGAGAGUCGCGGCUAAAGUCCAUGCCCAAUAAUACAGUGAUCAUGAUCGCCUUCGCUGCAUGCUCUGCCCUUAGCCUCAGUGUGACGCCCGUGGACAGCAGGUCCAGCUUGGCACCGAGCGUGCGACAUUUGAUUGAGGAAACGGCUGAUGUCCUCGAACGGAUUGGGGCCAUCCCAGCUCACAGAGAAGGUGCAUCUGUCUUGUAUGGACGACUGCUACGAGAGCUUGUUAGACGUGCUCAUAUGGGCCUUGUUUCUCAAAAACAUACCGAAUCAGACCCGGUAGAGCCCUUACGGCCCUCCUCUACAUUGAGCGAUUACUGCCCCAUACCUUCAGUGACACAACCACCAAUGGAUCCCUCUACGCUAUGGCCAGAGACGCUACAGUUCUCCGCGAUGUCUGAUCACCAAAUUAUCGAUGCAGUGAACAGGGCUGACUCGGCAUUCGGCAUGAAUAUUCCUGACGUCCCACUGGAUGAUCUGAUGAACUGGGAUUGUAAUACCUUAGGUACCGAUUCUCCUGUGCGCUGCAAUAAUGUUGAGCGUGACUGUGAAGUUGUGGGUCUCGACGUCCUGUCGGUGCCCAGAAGUAGUUCCGAUUGCCGAACGACACCUGCACCCAAGAUUGAGCGUGGCGCUUCAAAAUUAUUCAGCGAUGCAGAUGAGGCUGUCGCUGACCUCAAAAGCGGAUCUACAAUCCUGAGCUCUGGAUUUGGCCUUUGCGGUGUCGCAGAUACGCUUUUAUCGGCGAUUAAUCGUAGAGGAGUGGAAAAUCUGCAUUCCCUCACAGCAGUUUCGAACAACGCUGGCGCUCCUGGAAGAGGAGGACUUUCUACACUUACUCAAGCUGGACAAGUAGAUCGGUUGAUCCUAUCCUAUCUGGGGAACAACAAGGCCUUGGAGAAGAAGUAUUUGACGGGGAGGAUUGCUAUUGAGCUAUGUCCCCAAGGAACAUUAGCCGAGCGAUUACGUGCCGGAGGAGCUGGGAUUCCGGCAUUCUUCACUCCUACUGGGGCGCACACAUUACUCCAAGCGGGAGAAAUACCCGUCCGGCUAGAUGAGUCUGGGAAAGUAUUGGAGCGUGGCACACCACGAGAGACGAGGAUAUUCAAUGGCAAAACUUAUUUGAUGGAGACAGCCCUCACUGGUGACGUGGCUAUCCUUCGUGCUUGGAAAGCAGACGAGGCAGGAAACUGUGUUUUCAGGUACACAACGAAGGCAUUUGGUCCGGUCAUGGCGAAAGCUGCCACUCUUACUAUAGUGGAGGCGGAAAACAUCGUUCCGGUCGGUUCCAUUGACCCUAAUGACGUCGACCUGCCGGGCAUCUUUGUGGAUAGAGUUGUCCCUGCCACGGCAGAGAAGCACAUCGAAAUCAAGAAAUUACGGACUCCCGAAAAUGAGGAUGCGGGUAAGUUCUCGUGCGAUCCUGCCAUGGUUCGGAGAAACCGCAUUGCCCGGAGAGCUGCGAAGGAACUAAAGCAAGGAUAUUAUGUUAAUCUGGGUGUUGGAAUUCCCACACUGGCUCCGUCAUUCUUACCAGAAGGUGUGAAAGUUUGGGUGCAGUCAGAAAAUGGUAUUCUCGGCAUGGGACCGUAUCCCACUGAAGACGAAGUUGACCCGGACAUCAUCAACGCCGGGAAAGAGACCGUCACCCUCAUGCCAGGCGCAGCUACGUUCGAUAGCACAGAAUCGUUCGGCAUGAUUCGGGGCGGACAUGUUGACGUAUCUAUCCUCGGGGCCCUGCAAGUGAGCGCCAACGGCGAUCUAGCGAACUACAUGAUUCCCGGAAAGGUCUUCAAGGGAAUGGGAGGAGCCAUGGACUUGAUCUCCAAUCCAGACCAAACCAAGAUCGUUGUCGCUACUAGCCAUACUGCCAAGGACGGAUCACCCAAGGUCGUCGCCGAAUGUAGCCUACCUUUGACAGGCGCAAACUGCGUCAGUACGAUCAUCACGGAACUGUGUGUUUUCCAGGUUAAUCGAAGUAAAGGGGAGCUUCUGCUGACGGAGCUCGCCCCAGGGGUAGAAGUUGAGGAAGUCCGAAACAAAACAGGGGCGAACUUUGCUGUAGCAGAGCAAUUGGAGAUCAUGGAAUGA